GAAGGCAUUACAACUGGAGCUCACAGAUACUUCACUCACCGAACAUUCAAAGCAACUCCACUCUGCAGAGCUAUACUGCUCACUCUGCAGACUUUAGCUGGACAGAACUGCAUGUUCAUAUGGUGUCGUGAUCACCGGCUGCAUCACCGCUACUCGGACACUGACGGAGACCCGCACAACUCCAAGCGCGGCUUUUUCUUCUGUCACAUGGGCUGGCUCAUGCACAAGAAGCAUCCCUAUGUCAUCGAACUCGGACGGAGGAUUGACAUGAGUGAUAUGCAAUCGGACUGGAUGGUCAUGUUCCAAAAGAAAUAUUACUAUCCUUUAUAUCUUCUGUUGGCAAUAUUUAUACCAAUGUAUGUGCCCUUGUAUUUCUUUGGAGAACAUUGGUGGCACUCACUGCUCGUUUGCUAUUUCUUGCGCUACGUAUUUUCACUACACGGCACUUGGUUUGUAAAUAGUAUCGCUCACCUUUACGGGACCAGACCAUAUGACAAGAACCUGCAACCAGUGGAGUCGUGGUUCGUAUCCGUGGUGACAUUAGGAGAGGGGUGGCACAACUAUCAUCACGCUUUCCCCUGGGACUACAAAGCUGCUGAACUGAGUUACUUCAUUAACCAUUCAGCCACUUUUAUCGAAUUUCUUGACAUGAUCGGGCUUGCAUAUGAUUUAAAAACCGCCUCACCUGCAAUGGUACUUAAUAGAAUAGCGAGGACAGGUGACGGCAGUCACUACUUGCUGGGUGACGAAGAGACACGCAAGGCGGUGACGGCGUGGGGGCCGCUACACCCGCUCAACCCCACUUACAACUCCACGCUCCAGCCCCCGAGCGCUGUGCUCAAACCUGAGGGACUGCCUCUCUUUCAUGAGAAAGAUGUCCUUAAACUUAAGAUAUCAAGAAGAAGUGCCAGUACCGCUUAGACUUUUAUUAAUUGUCUAUAUGGGGUGUCCUUUUAUACAGAAAUGCCGGUACUGACCGAUGGAUUUCCCGAGUCAAAUGUUAAAGUGAUUAUGAGCAAUUAAUAUUGGCUAGAAGUUGUUCGAGUCUAAUUUUGAAUUUGAAGGAUAUUCCCAAGUUCUACGUGAAUUGGAUAGUGUACCUGAGUAUUGUUUUACAAAUAAGAAGAUUUAAACUUGCUUUAUUAUAAUAACUUAGAUUAUAAUUAGUUGUAUUUUUAUAAUAGACAUUUGUAUAACUUGUACUUUAUGAAAUAUACAUUAGAUAUUCAAACCUGAA